ACGCGGAGAAAAUGGCGGCAGGGGUCGAAGCGGCGGCCGAGGUGGCGGCGACGGAGCCCAAAAUGGAGGAAGAAAGCGGCGCGCCCGGCGUGCCGACCGGCAACGGGGCUCCGGGUCCGAAGGGUGAAGGAGAACGGCCUCAGAAUGAGAAGAGGAAGGAGAAAAAUAUAAAAAGAGGAGGCAAUCGCUUUGAGCCAUAUGCCAAUCCGACUAAGCGAUACCGCGCCUUCAUUGCGAACACACCUUUUGAUGUGAAGUGGCAGCCUCUGAAGGACCUGGUUAAAGAAAAAGUUGGUGAGGUAACAUACGUGGAGCUCUUAAUGGACGCUGAAGGAAAGUCAAGGGGAUGUGCCGUGGCUGAAUUCAAGAUGGAAGAAAGCAUGAAAAAAGCUGCUGAAGUUCUAAACAAGCAUAGUCUGAGUGCACCACUGAAAGUCAAAGAAGAUCCUGAUGGUGAACGUGCCAGGAGAGCAAUGCAAAAGGCUGGAAGACUUGGAAGCACAGUAUGUGUAGCAAAUCUGGAUUAUAAAGUUGGCUGGAAGAAGCUGAAGGAAGUAUUUAGUAUGGCUGGUGUGGUGGUCUGAGCAGACGUUCUGGAGGAUAAAGAUGGGAAAAGUCGUGGAAUAGGCACUGGGACUUUUGAACAGUCCAUUGAAGCCGUGCAAGCUGUAUCUAUGUUUAAUGGUCAGCUGCUAUUUGAUAGACCGAUGCACAUCAAAAUGGAUGAGAGAGCCUUACCAAAGGGAGAUUUUUUCCCUCCUGAACGUCCACAACAACUUCCCCAUGGACUCGGUGGCAUUGGCACGGGGUUAGGACCAGGCGGGCAGCCUAUUGACGCCAAUCACCUGAACAAAGGCAUUGGAAUGGGAAACCUGGGCCCUGCAGGAAUGGGAAUGGAAGGCAUCGGAUUUGGCAUAAAUAAAAUAGGAGGCAUCGAGGGCCCCUUUGGUGGUGGCAUGGAAAACAUGGGGCGGUUUGGAUCUGGGAUGAACAUGGGGCAGAUAAAUGAAAUCCUAAGUAAUGCACUGAAGAGAGGAGAGAUCAUUGCAAAGCAAGGAGGAGGUGGAGGUGGAGGCAGUGUCCCUGGGAUUGAGAGGAUGGGUCCUGGCAUUGACCGCCUUGGGGGUGCCGGCAUGGAGCACAUGGGUGCAGGCCUGGGCCACGGCAUGGAUUGCAUGGGCUCUGAGAUCGAGCACAUGGGCCUGGUCAUGGACUGCAUGGGCUCUGUUGAGCGCAUGGGCUCUGGCAUCGAGCACAUGGGCCCACUGGGCCUCGACCACAUGGCGUCCAGCAUCGAGCGAAUGGGCCAGACCAUGGAGCGGAUUGGCUCUGGAGUUGACCGCAUGGGUGCCGGCAUGGGUUUUGGCCUGGAGAGCAUGGCCGCACCUAUCAACCGUGUGGGCCAAACCAUCGAGCGCAUGGGCUCUGGUGUGGAGCGCAUGGGCCCUGCCCUUGAGCGCAUGGGCCUGAGCAUGGAGCGCAUGGUGCCCACAGGCAUGGGGGCCGGCCUGGAGCGGAUGGGCCCUGUGAUGGAUCGCAUGGCCACAGGCCUGGAGCGCAUGGGCGCCAACAACCUGGAGCGCAUGGGCCUCGAGCGGAUGGGCGCCAACAGCCUGGAGUGCAUGGGUCUGGAGCGCAUGGGUGCCAACAGCGUGGAGCGCGUGGGCCCCGCCAUGGGCCCGGCCCUGGGCGCUGGCAUCGAGCGCAUGGGCCUGGCCAUGGGUGGCGGUGGUGGUGCCAGCUUUGACCGUGCCAUCGAGAUGGAACGUGGAAACUUUGGAGGAAGCUUCGCAGGCUCUUUUGGUGGAGCUGGCGGCCAUGCUCCUCGGGUGGCCAGGAAGGCUUGCCAGAUAUUUGUGAGAAAUCUCCUGUUUGAUUUUACGUGGAAGAUGCUAAAGGACAAAUUCAACGAAUGUGGCCACGUGCUGUAUGCUGACAUCAAGAUGGAGAAUGGGAAGUCCAAGGGCUGCGGAGUGGUUAAGUUUGAAUCGCCAGAGGUGGCUGAGAGAGCCUGUCGGAUGAUGAACGGCGUGAAGCUGAGCGGCGGAGAGAUCGAUGUUCGGAUCGAUAGAAAUGCUUAAGCAGUUGCCUUUUUUAAACAUCAAUACCAGACCUCUGAAUUUGUAUUUUUUCUUGUUAACCAUUUUAAUUUGUUGGCUGGAUGUAUAAAGAUGUUUAAAAAAUUCAGUUGCUUUUUGAGGUAAUUUGAAUUACUUUUUUAAUGACUGGGGUUCCAUUUGACUGUUUGCAUUGAGAUUGCAAUGUGUGCAAUUUUUUUUGUAGUUGUGGCAUCUUGUUGACAUCAGAUAUGUCUUUGAUAAUAAAUACC